GUGAAGUUGCAGUUUUGCGGGGCUUGAAUGAGUCCAGUCCUCCCCUGGCUCUGCCCAGCGCCACCGAUUGGCUCCGCAGCCCGGGGGGGACCGAUAAGGGCGGCUAUAAAACCCUCGCAGCUCCCGGUCCCCCAGCGAGCAGCAGCCAGAGGGGCCACCCGGAUCCUCCGCACAUCCCUGCGCUCAUCCCGGGCUCGCCAGGAUCCUCCCUCCCUCCUUCCUUCCUUCCCUCCUGCGAGCGCGUAUCCAGCUCCACGUCUUUGCUCAAGCCGGAGUGGAAGAGGAGAGGCGCACACAUCCAAAAAAAAAAAAAAAUCAACCACCCAAAAAAAAAAAAAAAAAAAAAAGAAACCCUACCCAACCCCACACUUAGCGGAAACUUGUCAAAGAAUGCUCCUAAAGUCUGGUUUUCUCCUGCUGCUGCUGAUCAGUGCAUCCGCAUCCUACGAAGCUGAGCAGAAUGACUCUGUGAGCCCCAGGAAAGCGCGGGUGGCAGCCCAGAACUCAGCCGAGGUGGUUCGGUGCCUGAACAGUGCCCUCCAGGUGGGCUGCGGCGCCUUCGCCUGCCUGGAGAACUCCACGUGCGACACGGACGGGAUGUACGACAUCUGCAAGUCCUUCCUCUACAGCGCGGCUAAAUUCGACACUCAGGGAAAAGCCUUCGUGAAGGAGAGCCUGAAGUGCAUCGCCAACGGGGUGACGUCCAAGGUGUUCCUGGCCAUCCGCAGGUGCUCCACCUUCCAGAGGAUGAUCUCCGAGGUGCAGGAGGAGUGCUACAGCAAGCUGGACAUGUGCGGCAUCGCCCGCCGCAACCCCGAGGCCAUCACCGAGGUGGUGCAGCUCCCAAACCACUUCUCCAACCGGUAUUACAACAAGCUGGUGAGGAGCCUGCUGGAGUGCGACGAGGACACGGUGAGCACCAUCAAGGAGAGCCUGAUGGAGAAGCUGGGGCCCAACAUGGCCAGCCUGUUCCACCUGCUGCAGAGCGACCACUGCGCCCAGGGCCACCCCCGCGCCGAGCUCCUGCGCCGGCGCCUCUCGGAGCCCCAGAAGCUGAAGCUGCUCCUCAGGAACCUGCGAGGUGAGGGCUCCACGCCCGCCCACGCCAAGCGCGGCUCCGCCGAGCGCGCCUGACCGCGGCGGGCAGGCCGAGCACGACCAAAGCUGAGGGCUCUGCUCUAGGAGUGCUGCACCCAAAGCCAGUGGACUGUAGGUGUUUCAGCCCCCAGGAGCUGGGUUUAGUUCCUUAGGGCUCGUUUAGUUAGUUCA